UAAACCACGAGUGUGUGAGUGAAGCUCAGGAUUCACUUCAUGACGAAACCCGCACCUUGACUGAGGGGGGCUUCGCUUCUCCCCCCAGAAGGACUUAUUUAUCCUCAUUUCUGUUCGUCGUAUCUGUUUAAAAAGGGAUUUUAUCUGAGUGGGAAGCUGAGCUUGAAAGGCAGGAUGGAGUGACACAGGAGUCAUGGAUGUUGUCCCAUUCGGAAUACUUGGUGUGCUACCUUUGAGUGGAAAUUGUGGGAAUACUCUUGGCCCAGAGACUUUGAUGCGAACAGUGAACUAGAGCCUUCAACUUCACGACGUCUCAACAGCUGGACUGCUUCAUCCUUCUAUUCUGUUUGCAUCUCUUCUGUUGUUUUCUCUUCUCCUUUCUUUAAUCAUCUUCUCCUUCGCUUGUGUUUCCUUUUCUUCUGUUUGUGUCUUUUCUUAUCUUCACCUUCUUUACCUAGUCCCUUGUUCUGUUCUGUGCGGUUCCCUUCUCUUUCUGCCCUCUCUUUUCUCUCUUUCUUUCUCUCCUUCUGUCCACACUGUUGCGGGAGUUGUCUCUGUGUUGCUCCGGGCGACAGCAGGUGUCGGACAUGUCCACCAAGGCUCCCAUCUACCUGAAGCGGCGGAGUCGUAAAGGAAAGAAGGAGAAGCUGAGGGACCUGCUGUCGUCCGACAUGAUCAGCCCUCCGCUGGGAGACUUCCGCCACACCAUCCACAUCGGCAGUGGAGGAGGAGCCGACGACCUCUUCGGCGACCUCUCUUUCCUCCAGGGCAAGUUUCACCUGUUGCCCGGGCAACAGGGUCACCAGGGGGCGUUCCAGUUCAACCGCACGGCCAGCGUGAGCGCCAGCCACCCGCCACCCGCCAGUGAGAGCUCUCCGCUGCUGAAGAACGCCUUGUCACUUCCAGUCAUCGGCAGAGUGCAGGCGCUCACCCUGCCGGCCCAGACCACCUCGGCCUCUGCUACCGCCGCGACUGUCUCCGCCCACUCUCACCCCUCGACGACGACAGCAACGUCUGCGACUCUCGCCCCGCCUCCGAAACCUCCCCGACUGCACCUGGAGUCGCCACAAGCGUCACGUCCUGCUUCUCCGAACCCCAAACCUCAUUCAGACGCCAGGGAGGAGGAGAAACGAGGGAGGAAGGAACGUGAGGAAGAGGAGGAGCGCCCCUUUCUUUCUCAUGCAGGGUCACUCCUCUCUUUGCACCUGGACUUGGGGCCGUCCAUCUUGGAGGACGUCCUGCAGAUCAUGGAUGGCCCGAGGGUAGGAGGAAUCAACGGAGGAUUCACAGCCAACGGACGACAAGAGAUCUACACCUGAGAAUGAAAGAGAGACAGUGAAAUGCCUCACAUUCUCUCUGUCUAUGAUACAUUCUUAUAAGUGUGGGCGUCACAGCUGGAGGAAUAGUGGGGCUGACUGCCUCAGAGUGAGUCCUGAACUAAAAAACGUUGUUUCUACGUAAUUAGUGUCAUAACUAAAUGAACAAUGGCAAAAUAAUCAGUAUAAAUAAUCACAAAACAACAAGAGGCUCUCCCCCACACCUCCUUGAUGGGAACAGGGCCCCCACAGAGAUGGAAUGCCCCCUGCUUGUAAUCCUCCUUCUUGCUGAGCUGCUGGCUCACAUGGGUGCUGGAUAGAAUAGUAACAAGGCCUGUCACAAUUAUUAAAUAAUUACUGAAUUGUUUAGGCUGACCUCACUCCACAGUUGUCAGCUUUCACAGUCAUGUUUUUGUUGCAUCAAACAGACUGAAUGCUGUUCAUUUUCAUUAGUUGGGUUUAGACAAAUGCAUGUAAAUAAAACAAAGCCGAAAACGCAAUUAUUGCGACGUUGUGUUUUACGAAAACAGCAAAAAACUUCUAACUGGUGCUGUAACAUCUUUAAAGGGUAGCAGUGAGCAAUGUUUGUUUAUUUGAGCUUGAACUGUUUCUGUUGUCAAUUGGGAGCUACUAAGUAUUGACAGCUAGCUAACAAGAUAGCUAAUCAUAUAAUUUGGCCACUUGCCAGUGUUAAUAGUUGCAUACAAUUAACAAAAAUUAGUUGUUUAUAUGGCAGUUAGUUUUCAGCUGGAGUAUCAUUAUCGUGACAGGCCUCAUAGUAACCAUUCAGGUCGACACUGUCUUGGCUUUCCCCACAGUAAGAGCAUCCAAGGCGGAAUGUUUGCCCCUUAUUCUCUCUUUCUCUGGACCUUGCAAUGCUGAGAGAGGACAGUGGUCUUCCUGUAGGCCAAAGCAUUGGAAGACUCAACGGGUGACCAAAGAUCUGCACCUGAGAGAGAACAGACUGAUGAAACACUGCUUUCCCUCUCACAUACACACACAUCCAACUUCCCACUUUCUCUUAUUAUCUUCAUAUUGAACUGCUGGAUGCCGUGGAGGCUGCCUUGAACUGUAACCUGAGUUUGCAUCACUGUUUUGUCAUGGAAAGCACUCUGCUUCACUGUGAGAGCGUCCAGGGCUGUGGAGAACCGUUAGCCAGGAAAGGAAAAAACAGCUGACCUUCGGGCUGCACAGAAUAUUGCUUGUAUUGUCCUUCACAAUAUCUCAAAAGACUACAAACAGUAAAUGUACCUCAGUCCUUUCACUCUGUUUUACUGUGCUGUGAGCAUAAAGAUGAAUCACAGAUGUUCUUUGGAUGCCUGGAUGAAUCACUGCAUUCACGAGAUCCAACAAACAAAUAAUGCAGUAUUUAACCACAUCGCAACGAGCUUCCACAGAGACAUAGCACAAUAUACAAUCGUAUGCAAAAGUUUGGGCACCCCUGGUCAAAUUACAUGCUUUGUUGAUUUUCUAAGUGAAAAUAUGUGAACACAUCCUGUAGAGAGAAAACACUGCUCAUUUUAAUGCACAAGUGCUGUUUGCCUGCCAUUUAAAGCUGCACUAUGUAAGUAGUUUCUAGUUAAAUUAAUAAGAAGUAGCAUUACCGAGUGUGUGCGCUGCUGUAAGUCGCCCUGUAAGGCCUGAAAUAAUCAUUUAAAAGUCAGGGAACAUUUUCAGGCCACCUCAUACACAUCUUUACAUAUUAAAACCCCUUAAAAUCUCUUAUUACAUACUAAGGCUUAUUAUUCAGUAACUACAGGAACUUCAGUGCAAACUGGCUGAGCUCUUCUUAGGUUAGAAGUGUGUAGUGAAACUUGCUGCCUGCUGGGGGGCCUUUUAGGGGGCAGAAUCAACUUUAUAUUGAUGAAUAUAAAGACAUGUUCUUCACCAUGUUUUGACUGAGUUUGACUCUGUCUUGUCCACAAUGGGGUCCAUGAACCACAACCCACAUUACAAAACUGUUCCCUGAGGAUGUGUUAACUGAGUUUCACUUAGAAAGCCAACAUAAUGUAAUCUGAGUUUUUAAAAGUUUUCAUACGACUGUAUGAAGCAAAAUCAUCAUAAUAUGUUAUCUUGGCAAUAUCGUCCAGCCCUAAUUCACACGAAGGGUGUGAGUUUAUACUCCCUCCUGGUUACAUAGUCUUUAUCUCUUUUUUGCCACAGCUGCUGACCCCUACACUACCUGGACACACUCUUUUUUUUUAAACGUGAAAAAGUCUUUUUCAUCCCAGCUUGGACUGCUAUUAGAGGCACACUGAGCAUGUUUACUCAGCCUGGAUCAGUUUUAGUUGAGAGAUUAACUACAGGAGAAGAAAAAUGACCUUCUCUCUCUCUCCGUGAUGCAAUGACAUCACCUUGGUGGUGCGCCAGUUUGUGUAAAGGGGGAAAAAUGUGCACCCCUCCCUGUGACCUGAUACUCCUUUUUACCAGAGAAGCUUUCAUCUUGUCCAGUGACGACGAUAAAAAGCAAAAACAGCUCAGUUAGAGAGCAAGAAAACGAAACUGACCGCGUCUUCCUUCUCAGUGGAAACUUUAAAUGACUCGGAACGAAGUGCUGCCUUUGCUGGAAGGUUCUUCUCCCCCCCCAGGGCUGUGACAGUUGAUCCUUCUUUUGUGUUGAGAUGACUGCUGUUUUUAGACGCAGGUGCAGUUACUGAAUAUCAGGCUUGUGUUACCUUCUUAACUGAGCCCCAGGAGUUCAAACCAUAUGGACUCGAGAGACUUUUGUGUAGCAAACAGGGUAACAAGCGAAGUCAUGUGACGUUUAAUGCAAUUCAACUCAACCGAAGGUAGAUCAUUGCCAGAAUAACUGACUGUGAAGGUGAAUGGACAGUGAUGUCACAGUGUAAACUUUGGGGCUUAUAAAGCAAAAAGAACAUUUGGGCCUGUUGCCCUUCUUCGCAGGUGCCUGGGGUCCGACUGUGCCACUAGAGAUGCCUACCUAACUGCUAAUGCCUUACUGCUAAUGUUUAACCAUUUAAGUUUCUGGUCAGUCAGGAGAAACAUCACUUACAUGCCAGCACUGAAAAUGCCCCAGGCUGCACAUUAGCAUCUGUUGAUGCUGACUGUGAUUGGUUCAUUGUAGUUUUUUAUGAUCAGAAAGGUUCCUAACUUUGUUCUGGAGCCCAAGAGAGGAAUCCGUCACACAGUAAAGCUCCCGGUCACCUUCGCUACUUCCUUGAGAUUCUCUAAAUGCCUUUGUUAAUGUAUAACCUGUCCUAGGCACAUGUAUCAACUAUCACAGACGUUUAUUCUUUUGUUUCGAAUGUGAAUUUCCUCAUUUUCCUGAAUUUGGGCAUGUUUUGUUUUGCAGUUUUUGAGAAUUUGCAGUUCUCAGCCAAUGUAGACCUCUGAGGUGUGUAAUUUUGUAGUCAGCGUCACAACAAUGUUAGGGGCUCCGGGUCUAAGCAGAUUUCUUUUGUAGUGCCAUUUCUUAAAAACUGCUGCUUUUGUGUCCUGAGGAAAACAGAAAUGUUCAGACCCCAAUAAGGAAUCCUCAGGGCCUUAAGAGAACACCUAUGAUUUCUGUGCAAUAAAAAAAAAUCCAUGUCAGUAAUUUUUGUUCAUUUUUAUUUAAAAAAUUCAUCAUGCUGUAUUUAAAACUCAUCAAAUAUGAUGCUAAUAGUCUUUAUUUAAUUGUUUGGUUGGAGAUAAAAAGGUUAAAUGCUUAAAACACCCAACAGAAAAUGAUCUAAUCAGAAUUUUGGUUGGUACAGCCAAGCCAGCUCCUCCUGGUUAGGACUUCAGAAGCUGAGCAGAAGGCCUAAUGCAUCAGAUAAACAACCAACAUGAUUAGGAAGUAACAGUGGAAUCUAAAUUAUGGGUACAUUAUGUCACUGUCUGUUAGAAGCCUCAAAUAAAGCAUGGACUGUGUUUUACAACCUCUAAAUGUGUGUGAUUAAUCUAGACUGGCCAAAAAAUGUUAAUGUAAAUUGCUGUUAGCUUAGUGCUGACUUUCUACUAGAAAUCCAUAGGGGCUCUACCAGAAAUUAGCAUAAUGAUAGUUUUGUUUUUAUACAGGUUUCACAUUUAUGUCCCAAACCUGAAAUGUUCCAUCUUCCAUACAUUUUUCCACCAAAUUGUAUUGCAAGGUUGUUAAGGAGUCGAAAAAUGACUAAUGCUACAUGCAAGCUAACACUGCUGCGCAUUGAACUGACCUCAUAAGACUGGCAACUUCACCAAAAUACCCACACAAACCAGCAGGCUUUGUUAAAUGUGGUAGUUAAAUUGCUUUGACAGUAGCAGCCUAGAGGUUAAGUAGAUGCUGGGGUGAUAUUACAGUGUACACACAUUGAAACAUGACGCCAUUUCAGUGCUCGGGGCUGUUAGCUUGUUUUGUAGUGUGUGUGUAGCAUUAUUCGUAUUUCGACUAGUGGAUACAUAAAACUUACCAGGUUGGGAACAUUGUACCUCAGGCUGACAGCAGCGAUUUUCGAAGACGCUGAUCAUUUUUGCUGAAAAAACAGCUUAGACCUGGAAUUCCUAACACGGGGAUGACGCUGCCUACAGAAUGAGCUUCAGAGGACUAUUGAGGCUGAACUUUCUUUUCAUAAUGGGGUACUCCACUAUCUUUUCUGGUGUUUGUGUCGGUAUUGGGCCCAUAUAGCCCUUCACUGAGUGUUGAGUGUGAUGGCAGCAAAACUACUAGUUGCAACACCGAAAUAUCAAGAGAAAAGCUUUAACACAAGAAAUCUGAAGUCUGUGGUAGCCAUAGUGGCCUUUUUGACCCUGAACACUGUACAGAGAAGUAGAGCUCUAAUUCACACGUUCUGACUGGAUUAAUGUUAGGAAUAGCGUGUCCUACAAUGCUAACAAUGCUAAUGAAUGAAUUCAGCUGAGAUCAUGCUAAUUGGUGGCUGCUAACUUUCGAAUUUUGUUAGACAUUUGGUUAAAUUAUUACUUCUGAACAAUUCGUAUAUUUUUUUGUCUUUAUGAAGUAACAAGAAAAAGAGCCAGUUGACAAAAUAUGUAUUUAGAAUGAUUUCAGUUUCAUCCAUGAUGCUAAGCUAAAUUAUCUACUGUCUUCAGUCACAGUCUUAAUAUAUCCACAGCUAAAAUGUAAAACCUGCAGCUGAUCAUUUUAACAAUUUCAAGAAAUUGAAAUCCAGAAUUACUUGGGAUAAAAUCUCUUUAUGUUGACUUGCAUCAAAAGUUUAGAAUGAAUUUUGAAUGAAUGAAAAUUUAGAAUUUUUUUUUGGAUUAGUUAGUAUUAUUACACCAUAACGGACGGCCAGCUGUCCAGUUGAGUGGUUGAGUGUUGUCCAUGUCUCAUUGUGAAUUCAUCUUGAAGUUUUCUCCAUAUUUGCCAUUUUAAAGACUCUCAGCUUGUUCUGUGAAAUCGCACUGACCCGUAUAAGCUUUACAACCAUCUUUUACGCAUUAAGAUUAAGUGACCCUUAUUAGUCCCACAACGGGGACAUUUCACCUCCACAUUUAACCCAUCCAUGCAGUGAAACAGCACAUACACACUAGUGAACACACACACACUAGGGGGGCAGUGAGCACACUUGCCCAGAGCGGUGGGCAGCCCUAUCCACGGAGCCCGGGGGAGCAGUUGGGGGUUAGGUGUCUUGCUCAAGGGCACUUCAGUCACGUACUGUCGGCUCAGGGGAAUGAGCCGGCGACCUUCCGGUCACAAGGCUGGUUCCCUAGCCUCCAGCCCAUGGCUGCACUCCCCCCCUCUGUUUUUUUAAGAACUACCAUUUUUUACCACUACCACUUUUUUAAGAAUUACCUGCUUUCCCUUUGAUGCUCUGUCCUAAUGAGAAAGUCUGCAGCUGUUAUGCACUCAGCCCUCUUUUCACUAUUUUCAGAUUUGAGAUUUAGAAAGUUUAUCGUCAGUCCCUUUUCGGAAAUGCACACAUGGCUGCUCUUCUCUUUGUGAAUGGAAAAUGUGAUUAGAUGUUCUGCGCUGCAGAGAGGACACUGGGGCCUAAGCUGGUGUGAUAGCAACUGUGGAGUGUCUGUUACCGUAGAGACUGUUGCCAAGGUUCUGUUGUCAUAAAUCCGCAAAGCUGGCUCAAUCACCGGACCCCCCCCCCGGGAAGGUGAAGACCCCCAGCCCCGUAAAGGCUGGUGUAGUUGGGGGACCUUGUUGUAGGUUUACUCUGAAGUUCUGCAGAUUCAGUUUUUGGUGGUUUGUUUUGUUUUUUUUUCUGAAGAUGUUAUAAACCUGCAAAUGUGCUUAAUUCUUUAAAAUCUGUGAACAUUCAUUUUGGACCAGAUACUGUUUGUAUAACCACACAUGGUCUCUGUGACGACGUUUUAAGUUUUUUGUGAUUGAUUUAUUCUCAGAAUCAUUCCUGACGAUGACGUCUGCUCCGUGAGAAAGUUAAACACUAAUGAAUGAGUGACAGGCUGUUCCGUCUGUGAUCAAGACCAGACACAGAGAUUUUAAACUGUUUCUUAUGCAGACUUAGACAGACCUAACUCUUUACCGCUAUGGUUAAUUAUGCUGACGUAUGUGGUUCCACUAAUUUACCUGUUAUCAACUCUGCAUCAACUCUGCUUUUAUCUAUCGGAAACAUCUGGACUCUGAACUGGUUGUAAAGAAACCUUCUCUUGCUGCUGCUACUGUUGUAAAUUAGCCCCAAUUGUACAUGAUGAGAUGAUUUGCAGUAAAUAAUGAGAUAUAAAGUGGUUAUAAGCGAUGAAUAAAUGUUAAUUUCGGAAAGCUA